GUAAGAACGGAACAUCAUCUAAAGUCCAGUUAAAUAAACAGACACAACUGACACAGACACUCGAUGGCGAGGAGCACGUGCCGCUUUGUCGUUGCCAGCGGCGCUAACAGCCCUUUCCGUUCAUUGAAUGAUCCUCUAAUCUAAUUGGACGGAGGCAGAACCAAACUAUUAAGUUCCAUCUAAUCAGCCUGUUUGCCUCCUGUUGCCCCGCGGCUGUGGCGGCCAAUGAGAUUACAGCAGGGCGUGUGCUCCGUGAUGUCACACUUCUUUAGUCGAGCUGCGUCUUGGCUGCUCAGUGAAGAGCAGUCUGACUAUCUGAUUGGACGGAUCGACAUCAGGGCAGCGCAGAUCAGCCACAGCACUACAAAGAUGGACCACCACAACCACGCCCACGACCACGCCCACCACACCACGCCCACGUCUACCACCGCGGGUCACGACCACGGAGUUGGAGACCAAGGAGGACAAGGAGGACACGGAGGACACGGUGGAAUGGCCAUGACCUUCUACUUCGGCUACGAACACGUGGAACUGCUGUUCAGUGGAAUGGUCAUCAACUCCCCCGGAGAGAUGGUCGGAGCCUGCAUCGGUGUUUUUCUGUUGGCCAUCCUGUACGAGGGGCUGAAGAUCGGCCGCGAGACGUUGCUGCGUCGCAGUCAGGUCAACGUGCGCUACAACUCCAUGCCCCUCCCUGGUUCUGACGGGACUGUCCUGAUGGAGACGCACAAAACAGUUGGACAGCGGAUGUUAAGUCCAGGCCACUUCCUGCAGACUCUACUACACGUCAUCCAGGUGGUCGUUAGCUACUUCCUGAUGCUUGUCUUCAUGACUUACAACGCUUACCUGUGUAUCGCCGUGGCAGCUGGUGCGGGGAUGGGCUAUUUCCUGUUCAGCUGGAAAAAGGCAGUAGUUGUUGAUAUCACUGAGCAUUGCCAUUAGCCAUGCGCUAAUUAGCACGUUGUCAUCUGGUUUAAUUUCUGCUGAUUCUAAGUGAUAAUCAAUCAUGUGGCCAAAGGCCCUCUGAGCGCAGUGUUUGGGGAGCAUCUAAAACAGAAUUUUUUUAUUGUAUAGUUUCCAUGGCAACACAGACUUGUUAGCGCUAGUGUUAGUGCACAGACUAGCCACUAGCCAACACAUAUGGCCAGUAAAGCUCCUACGAUCUUCUGCUGUCAUGGAUUUCCCUGAAUUUUCUCUUUUCAAAAAGGACCUUCUGGUCCUCAAACCAGCCAAUCAGAGACAAGAUCACAUGAAAGGGACUUGAUUCUUGCUAACGUUUCUGUGCCAUUAUAACGAGUUUGUUUUAGCCGCUGCUAGUCAGUGGAACUAGCUCACAUACACUAAUCAGUAGGUGUCAGCGUCAUUAGCAGCUCAUUAGAGGAGACACAAAUCAUAAACAUAUUUAAACUUUAAGAGUAUAAUUUAUUAAUUACACAUUGUAACGCUAGAAAAAUUCACAUUUUUAUUCUUUAAUUUAUCUUAUUUUAAGUGUAAAAUCUUCAUUUAAAAUGUUUUUUUCUUUGAUCGUUUACAGGUUCGUACAUCACUUCUUUGAUUCAUCAUUUGAACUAAACUGAAAAUGUACAAUUUUCCCCGUUUACGUACAAUAAAAUGAACACCUUAUUUUAAUGUUUCAGUUAUAGAGACAACUAUGGGGUUUUUUUUUUUGGUUUUUCUACCUGUCCAGUUAGUUUCAUUUUUAUUUUAUUAUUUUAGUAAAAAACUAAGUCAACAUCUUGUUUUAUUUUCCCGUGGGCCUUAAACACCACGUUGUUUGCCUUAACAUGGUGGUAGAUGGUGAUCUAUAAUGGUGACGUUAAAAACCCAAAGUUGCAUCUUUUGUCAUUGAUGAUGUCACAGAUUGAUUCAUACUGAGGCAGGCGCCAUUAAUUAGUGGACCAAUGAGAUUGCUGGGACAGAUCAGUUACCGUUGUGUCCACCUUGUUUUGUCCAGGUGCUAAUCGUUGUUUGUUGUUCGUUCAGAGUGAGUUUUUGUACUUUUUUUUUUUGUUUAUGACAUAAAAUGUGAUGAAGGAAUAUUGUUGUCUGAAAAUAAACAGUUGUAUCACAAAUGCUGGAAUAAAAAAAAUGAAUAAAGAACUCGCGGACUGUGA